AUGGCACCCUCCAAGACCCCCCAGAUCACCGUUCUCGGCUCCCUGAACAUCGAUCUGACGUCCUAUGUCCCCCACCACCCCCUGCCGGGCGAGACCCUCACCUCCAACUCCGUCGUCAUCUCUCCGGGAGGUAAGGGUGCGAACCAGGCCGUCGCCUGUGCCAAGCUCUCGCGCUCUCGCGAUGCCCCCAACGACACUGCCGCCGAGUCCGCUUCCGUUUCCAUGAUCGGCGCUGUCGGUAGCGAUUCGUACGGCGACCUUCUCCUGAAGAAUCUCGGCGAGCACGGCGUCCGCACCGACCGUAUCGCCGUUGGCGACAACCUCAAGACCGGCAUGGCCAUCAUCGUUGUAGACGAGCCUACCGGCCAAAACCGCAUCAUCCUCGCGCCCGAAGCCAACCACGCCGUUACCCCGGACAAGUUCGGUGCCCUCCCUGAAACCCUCGAUCCCAAGCCCGACCUGCUGGUGAUGCAGCUUGAGGUGCCCCUCGAGACCGUCCUCGCCGCCCUGCGCUCCGCAAAGGCUGCCGCAGUCCCCGUCCUCCUCAACCCGGCCCCCGCCCAGCGUCUCCCCGACGAGGCAUAUGACGGACUGGCCCACCUCGUUGUCAACGAGACCGAGGCCGCCAUCCUCUCCGGCUGCGACGAGUCCGAGCUCGAUACCUCCGAUGGCCUUAAGCGCGUCGGCGAGUGGUUCAUGGCCAAGAAGGUCCGCAACGUCAUCAUCACCCUCGGCGGCCGCGGCGUCUACUACACCAACCAGGACGGUGCGGCCGAGCUUAUCUCUGCACAGAAGGUCAAGGUCGUCGACACCACUGCCGCCGGCGACACCUUUGUCGGCUCCUACUGCGUUGCCGCCGUCAACGCCCAGGCCAAGGGCGAGGCCUUUGACAUCUCCGUGGCCAUUAUAAACGCCAACCGCGCCGCCGCCAAGACGGUCGAACGCAAGGGCGCGCAAACUUCCAUUCCUUGGAGGGAUGAGCUGCAGUAG